GCAAUGGCAAUCUUGUAAAUACUUGAAGAUGAUGAGGUUGAGAGAGUAAAAAAGUCAUUUUCGAAAAAAUAAAUAAAAAUUAAUGGGAUUUUCGUAAAUAAUGUGAACAUGUGGGGGUGAAUAGAGCAAAACAAAACUAAAAAAGAAGGAGAUGUUAGUUUUGUGUUUGACUUUAUGUUUUGAGUCAAAUCUGCAAAAAACCCUUUUUAGUUUUUAAAUUUGCAGUUUCAAAGAUUCAUAAACACAUAAACGUAAAUAUACUACAUAUUAUAGAUUUUUUAUUUUACUAAACUUAAUAUUUCAAUUUAAAUUUAUUUGUAUUUAAUCAAUUUUGUGGAUAAGAAUUGUAAAAACAAACGCAAAGAAUGAUGAUAACAAAUUUAAAGUAAAACAUGUGAGAAUCUUCAGAAAAUCACAUUCUUACGCUCAAUUUAUAUUUUAAUUCCGUUGUUGUGUAACAAUGCCUAUUGUGAAUUGUGUUUCUUUUAAUUUGUUUUAAACCCUAAAAUCAAUACGGAGGAUUUAUAGCAAUUUUUUUCUAUAUGUUUUAAUUAAACAUACCAUUAAUAUUAUUUUUAGUUUAAAUAAAAUUGAACUAUCUAUAAAUUAUAUAAAAAAAAUAGUUAAGUUUUUAAAUACUAUAUCAUUUCAAAUUAAUAUCUAGGUUUAUAUAAUUUACAUAAUUUCCAAAUUAAAAAUAAAUAUAUUUAGUGUGUUUUUCUUGAGUCUAUUUGAGAUUGCUUCUUGCCAAAUAGUGACAAGAAAGAUGAUGUCUCGUAAAAGACAAGACGUUAAAAAUAAAUAAAAAAUAUUCAGGACGUUCGAACCCUCGCCCUCGUGAGCCAAGAUUCUACUCUCAACAAAACUCGCCACUGCCUCUCAGAAGACGAAAAAUAAAAGUAGACAAUUCCUUUGCAGUGCUUUCAAUCUUUCCUUUAAUCUUCACUUGCGUGGGUUUGAUAUUCUUCUGAAGAAAAGCAAUCAGCAAUCAUCGUCCUCACUGCAGAGCAAAUCGAAUCCGAUGUCAACGCCCUCCUUUCGUCGAAGCGGACAAUUAUAAGAAGAGGAAGAAGAAGUGCAUCUUAGAUCGAAGAUGGAUCCGGAGCAGACGUUUAUCAGGGUUCAGGAGAGGUUCUCACAAAUCUUAAAGCCUAGGGUUAGGGCUUUCCUUGAGUAUUCGUUUAUCUUCGUUGCCAUCACUUUGUUCUGCAUCCUCGUUGUUAUACACGCCAAUUAUGUUCAGCAGGCACUCAAUUCACGCCGAUUCUGACAAAAUCGUGAUUAAGUUUGGAGUCAACUACUAUGCAGGUAAAAUCCAUCUCAAUAGAAUCUCUAUUUUAUGUGUCUAUAGUCGUUUAGUUCUUCUUUAUCUUAUCUAAAUGAAUCUAUCAGACAAUGAUGUGCCUUUCUACAAAUGAAAAAUUGAAUCUGAAUACAUACACUGCCUUCUUGAAAAACAUUUCUUGUUUUGAAAUAUGUAAACUACCAAAAGUCUCUAUUUACAAACCUUUUUUUUAUAUAGCCAUUCUACUAUUUUUCAUUUAAGAGGUUUACUGAUUAGAAGAGUAACCCAUGUUGCAUUAACUGGUAUGCCUCAGGUGGGUGAUGUAUGCAUUAACCGUUAUGCUAGAAAUUAAUGUGUUGGUCUGUUGUUUAUGACAGUUCAAUGGCUUGAGAGAAGAACUCAAGAAUUUGAGCCGACAUAUCUAUAUACUAUGGAAAAUGUAAACAUUAUCCUCUGUUGAUAGCCUUAAGUAAUGCUGACCAGUGGAAGAUCCAUGGGCAUCUUAUACCCUAGAAUAAUCUAUUCUGUUAAGAAAGAUACAUAAAUGAGAAACUCUUAAGUUGAAAUUUUGGUUCGAUCUUACAGUUGCUUUGCCUUAUUUUUAUAUAGGGCUACUUUUUGCUGCCUGAUGAAGCAAAGUCAUGGCAUAACAUUCGCACUGCAAAUGUAAGCAUAUCAGCACGACAUCCCUGCUUUGGCAACAUAUGGCAACAACUUACUAUAAACAGAGUUGUAGGAUAUGAUACAAUUAUAAUGAAUAGCUUACAAAACUCUGCUGGUCAAGGUUAUCUAUACAAUUUCCAAACAAGAGAGUUUUACAAUCUUAGUUACUCCCAAGAACUUUUUGAAGGAUCUUCGUAAUUUGGAGAUUACUUGGUGACGAAAUGUGGUGUGCUUAUGAUGUCACUUUUUGUGUUUUUCACAACCACAAUGUCUGUCUCAUUCACUUUGCGAGAGACACACACUCGUAUGUUGAAGUUCACUGGUUUGUCUUUAUUCUGUUUCAGUAGCCGACCCAUCUUUGCUUCUCAACAAUCAUCUUUGUUUGGAUAUAAAUUUUUUUUUAGUGCAGCUUCAACACCAUGCUCAGCAUCGGUUACCAACAUUUCAGUUGAUCUUUGUGCACGUGAUUGAAUCCCUUGUCUUUGUACCGGUAUGCACACACAUCUGUAACGGCCCGGUUCCUGGCCCAAAAAUUCUCAUAAAAGAUUGGGCUUCUCUACGGCCCAUAUGGCAAAGACAUAGGGUUUCCCUUCACCUUUUCUAUAAAAAGAGAUGCAGCCUCCCUUUUGCCUCAUACAAAACUUAACCGAAGCUCUGCAGAGAAUUCCCGGAGACCAGAAACCCUAGCCGUCGAGCUCUCUCUUUCUCUCUUGCGCCGUCUCUCUCUCUCUCUCCCGCGCGACGCUCUCUCUCUCCUUGCCGUCGCUCUCUCUCCUCGCCGUCACACGCUCUCUCUCUCCUCGCCGGCGCCGUGUGGUGGUGGUGGUGACCAGAUCCCAAUAUCCUCUCCCUUGUCUCAUGUUUCCAGAUCCGGAUCUAGGCUAAGGUGGAGUGUCUUGAAACCAUCUUGUUCUCAUGCAUUGUAUACUCCUUUAUGUUGGAGUUAGGGUUGUUUAGACCCUGUUUGAAAGCUAGGAUGAUAGAACAUGAUUAUUGCUAGGAUGUUAGAUGAAUGGAUCACGAUGCAUAAGAACCCUCAUAUUGUUAAAUGGGACUUAGUAAACUGAAAUGGAGUUGUGGUAGUGAUGAUUGAUUGGUGAUUUAUGCUUGUAUGUUUGGAUGUGUAGUCCCAUGAGUGGUUAGUGAUUAAAGUUAGGAUGCUAGAGAGAAAUGAAUGCUAAGCUGAUAGAUGAGUAAGGAUUGUUAAAGUUAUUGAAGUAGAACUUGAGUGCGAUGUGUAUUGUGUGUGACACCGAUAACGGGUGGCGUCUAGUGAAUGAGUCCAAGUACAAGUCUAAAUGAAAAGGAAAGUGAAUGAGAAUGGGAAGGGAUAAGUGGAAAUGAUAAGGAUGAAAAAGGAUAAGUGAAAAUAUGAAAGAAUAAUGUUACGGUUAAGCAUGGGUGGGAAAGCAUAUAGAGUCUAAGGAAAGUAUGUGUGGCAGUAGUUCUCGCUAGGUAUCCAUAGGAGAUGUGGCGAAUCCACAAGAAUAUGGAAGCACCCAUAGGAGAUGUGGCGAAUCCACAUGAAUAUGGGGUAGAAGCCUACUGGCAGCUACCCACUAUGAUAAGAAACGAAGUGCCAACCGCGAGAGGCGGGAUAUAAAAACGUGCAUCAUGGUUGGGUAACGGGGUGUUAAAGGUGUCUUAGGAUUGAGUCGGUCUGGUAAGACGAGUCGGUUAAGUCUAAGGUUUAACAUGUGUGGCAAUGAGUGAGAUCAUUGUAUUGAUUGAUCACUAGGUUGCUAGAAAUGUAUGGAAUUGAAUGUUUGGAAAUAAUGAUGAUGAUAUGAAAUGUUAAGAUGCAUUAACUGAUUGUAGUGGCUAGUCAGCCCUAGUUCCCGCAUAGAGUAGUAUAGAGUGUCAUGCGGGCAGGCUGGUUUAGAGUCACUUCACUGAGUAACUUGUUGCUCAUUCCUCCAUUUCCAUUUCCCUGUGCGCAGGACUGUAAGUAGAAGUAUAUGGAUGUGGGUGUGACGGUAUUUCAAAGAAGGUUAUGCGACCGUCAACUCUUGGGUCAAUAACAGGACACAUAGAGUUGUCUAAAUGAGUAGACACAUGUCCAUAACGCCCUUUCGAUAACUCCGGUGGGACUCCGGGGGAUCGGGCUGUUACAAUUGGUAUCAAAGCGGGUUAAGAUCCCUUAGUUCUGUCCUAAGGGAUCAGCAUUUCCGACGUUUAAAAAAAAAAAAAAACUUGUUUUCAUUAAAAGAAAAGAGUUUGUGAAAGUUUUGAUUCUCCUAAAAGUUCUGAAAACGAUUUCAAAACCACCCACUAUAUCUAUACUUCUAGUAUGGUUCUGAUCGGAUGUCUACUUGAAGGAUGUCUUCGACAAUCAGUAACGACCAGACUGACAAUUACGGGUACCGUAGACCUGCAUGGUGGAACCCGAUGUACACUCGGACUCAGCGCACCAUAAAAGGAAAGGUGGUACCCUACCGGUGACGCCCAUUGACGAAGUUUCAUCGCCAGACACAUGAGUUGGAGACACAUGAGUUGGAGUGGUUGGAGAAAAGCCAGAGAUGGAAACCCGACUAAUGUAACUACCGAGAACGUGAAGGUUGUGGCGGAUAUCAUAGGUUUGGAGGAACAUUAGAGGUGCAGUGAAAUAAGUUGAGGUCAUAAGUCAAUGAAGGUAUUUCCCGAGGAAGGACAUAUAUCUAAUGGAGGGCUAGUUUUAGGAUAUCCGCGAGAGAGACAUGAAUGUAAGGGAAUACAAUAAGGAUGUAACCCCCUGAGGAGAUUUUUCGGGCACCCUCUAAGGGGGCGAGAACUGAUUCACCACUUCCUGAAGGAAAUGAGAACCGAUCUGAAGAAUUGGUGUGACGUGCAAGAUUACUGGGAUCAUUAGCUAAUCUAGAAGGGUGCAGAGUUAUAGUUUUGGUUGUAAGAAGAUCAUAGGCUAACUAAGCAUUACAUACUCAGAGCCCAAGGGGAACUUGCGACAUCGCCAUUACCACAAGGCGGUUUCGUUGUGACAAGAGCGGAAGUGCGAGAAGAACCACACUAGGAUAUAAUGGAUGGGAGAAUACUACGAGUACAACCAGUAGGGCUAUGAUAGGAGGUUCGUUCAUCAAGGAAACAAUGGUCAGACCGAAGGACGAGGAUAUGUUCGGUGCGGAGUAGCUAAACACCAAGUCGGGGCUGCUGGACUCAACUAGUAGGAUCCACGGUUGAAGUGUUAUCCUAACUACCGGUUCCCGCAAGGGCAACAUCAAUUGGGGCUACCUGGGUUAGGACCGAGGGAGUAUAGAGAAUGAUGACCAUGGGAGUGUAUGUGGUAGUGUUAAUACCUCACGACGGUGUGAGCCUGCAUGGAGACCUGCUGGGGUUGGAGUUGGAAUGAUAUGAAGUGACAGAAUUUUGGGAUGCGUAUUUAGAGGUGUACCAGUGUUCGGGGAUGUUGCAGUGUGAUAGGAAUAGCAUCGGGGCUUAGCGAGAAUCUAUAUGGAGGUCAAAGAUUAAUGAAUAGGAAGAGGCUAGGAAACCAGACCGGGACCAAGCACGUGGAGUUAAUGUAUUGUAUUGGCAUGUACUCAUAAUCCUCGAUAGGAGAGGAGAGUAGUCCUUACUGGAAUAAGGAUUAUGAUAUGGAUAUAAGCUAUCUUGAUGUUGAAAUCUGAAGAGUUAAGUGGAAAAGAGAAUGAUUUGUAUUUGGAAGUGAAAGUUCUAAGUAUUGGAUACCAUUGCUGCAGUAGCCGGGUAUGCAGACGCUUUUGAGCAUUUUUAUGGACCCAUGGAAAUGAAAUAGUACAUACAACAUAGAGCGGAAAUACAGAACAUCGUCUAGUCAAAGGGACCAUAUCAGUUAGCACCAUAUAGUUCGUUGAGUUGUUGGAACCUACAGCAAGUAGUUUUGGAGUUCACUAAGAGCGAUUUGACAUUACGGUAUUGCCAGAUUCUGAUAUCAAAGAAAAACAUCCAGGAGACAACAUUAUGAGUUGGUAAUGGACAUUACCAGUUGUAGAUGUACGAUGCCGCAAGCGUAUUAAGAUAAGCACGCGAUAGUGAUGAUCGAAGACACAAUAUUCUAUUCCACCGAAGAGUGUGAUGGUAUUUUGGAGUAGCUUGUUAUGUUUCGUGAGAUGAAGUGCUCGCUAAGUUAAUCAACGGAGAUGUGGUUGGGUACCACGCAACGGUGAAGGAAGAGACCAUGGGACAAGUUAUUGGUCGCAAUGGGCAUUAUAGUGGGCAGCAGACAUAUUUAUCAGAAUUCGAAGAGGAACUGCCAUGGUUAAAGAUAAAGAGGGUUUUAAUGGAGCUUUGCAGUUGAGAUUUGUUAGUUGAGAACAGUGGGGUGUAAGGCCGUAUAUGAUUGAUGCAAGAGUUGUAUGUGUCAAAUGGAAAUGGAACAUGAUAAAAAUAUAUUUUUGUUGUUGGGUCGCCAAGGAUAUCGCAAUCAACCUAUGUGGUGUACAUGUGUGUUGAGCUUAGAGAGGAAGUAGGUUAAUGGAUCUGAUAUUAGUUGAAUCCAUGGAAGACAUUAGCUACGAGUCGAGCAAAUGGAUAUCCCCUAUGAGAAUUGUAUGAACAACCAUGUUGAAUCCCUUAUGUUGGACCAAAGUGGGGGAGAUCAGAAUCUCGAGCCUGAGAUGAUCCAGGAAACCGCUUAGCAGAUAUAAUUGUUGAUGAUGAGCUGCUUUAUGAAAGGAUAGAAGAGGUACAUGACCAUUAGAGAAUUACGUCGACAAGAGUGGUGGUGAUAUGGAAAUGCAUAUGAGAUAAAAGCAAUCUAGGGAUGAGAACGCGGUUGGAGAAUCGAUUGGGAUUUAAGAAGACGUUGGAUCUCCGUGAGGAAUAUGGAACCUGGCCUGUUGCAUGAACCAUUAGAUUUCAAAGGACGAGUUGUUUACCCAUUUGGGUUCGGGAUGUUAGAGUUGGAUUAUCGACACACGGAAUUCGGGGACGAAUUCCAUUCAAGUGGGGGAGAAUUGUAACGGCCCGGUUCCUGGCCCAAAAAUUCUCAUAAAAGAUUGGGAUUCUCUACGGCCCAUAUGGCAAAGACCUAGGGUUUCCCUUUACCUUUCCUAUAAAAAGAGAUGCAGCCUCCCUUUUGCCUCAUACAGAAACUUAAGCGAAGCUCUGCAGAGAAUUCCCGGAGACCAGAAACCCUAGCCGUCGAGCUCUCCCUUUCUCUCUUGCGCUGUCUCUCUCUCUCCCGCGCGAUGCUCUCUCUCUCCUUGCCGUCGCUCUCUCUCCUCGCCGUCGCAUGCUCUCUCUCUCCUCGCCGGCGCCGUGUGGUGGUGGUGGUGACCAGAUCCCAAUCUCCUCUCCCUUGUGUCUUGUGUCUUGUUUCCAGAUCCGGAUCCAGAUCUAGGCUAAGGUGGAGUGUCUUGAACCCAUCUUAUUCUCAUGCACUGUAUACUCCUUUAUGUUGGAGUUAGGGUUGUUUAGACCCUGUUUGAAAGCUAGGAUGAUAGAACAUGAUUAUUGCUAGGAUGUUAGAUUAAUGGAUCACGAUGCAUAAGAACCCUCAUAUUGUUAAAUGGGACUUAGUAAACUGAAAUGGAGUUGUGGUAGUGAUGAUUGAUUGGUGAUUUAUGCUUGUAUGUUUGGAUGUGUAGUCCCAUGAGUGGUUAGUGAUUAAAGUUAGGAUGCUAGAGAGAAAUGAAUGCUAAGCUGAUAGAUGAGUAAUGAUUGUUAAAGUUAUUGAAGUAGAACUUGAGUGCGAUGUGUAUUGUGUGUGACACCGAUAACGGGUGGCAUCUAGUGAAUGAGUCCAAGUACAAGUCUAAAUGAAAAGGAAAGUGAAUGAGAAUGGGAAGGGAUAAGUGGAAAUGAUAAGGAUGUAAAAGGAUAAGUGAAAAUAUGAAAGAAUAAUGUUACGGUUAAGCAUGGGUGGGAAAGCAUAUAGAGUCUAAGGAAAGUAUGUGUGGCAGUAGUUCUCGCUAGGUAUCCAUAGGAGAUGUGGCGAAUCCACAAGAAUAUGGAAGCACCCAUAGGAGAUGUGGCGAAUCCACAUGAAUAUGGGGUAGAAGCCUAGUGGGAGCUACCCACUAUGAUAAGAAACGAAGUGCCAACCGCGAGAGGCGGGAUAAAAAAACGUGCAUCAUGGUUGGAUAACGGGGUGUUAAAGGUGUCUUAGGAUUGAGUCGGUCUGGUAAGACGAGUCGGUUAAGUCUAAGGUUUAACGUGUGUGGCAAUGAGUGAGAUCAUUAUAUUGAUUGAUCACUAGGUUGCUAGAAAUGUAUGGAAUUGAAUGUUUGGAAAUAAUGAUGAUGAUAUGAAAUGUUAAGAUGCAUUAACUGAUUGUAGUGGCUAGUCAGCCCAAGUUCCCGCAUAGAGUAGUAUAGAGUGUCAUGCAGGCAGGCUGGUCUAGAGUCAUUUCACUGAGUAACUUGUUGCUCAUUCCUCCAUUUCCAUAUCCCUGUGCGCAUGGCUGUAAGUAGAAGUAUAUGGAUGUGGGUGUGACGGUAUUUCAAAGAAGGUUAUGCGUCCGUCGACUCUUGGGCCAAUAACAGGACACGUAGGGUUGUCUAAAUGAGUAGACACGUGUCCAUAACGCCCUUUCGAUAACUCCGGUGGGACGCCGGGGGAUCGGGCUGUUACAACAUCACUGGUUCUUUUUUUAUUCCAACAUCUCAAAGGAUUCUCUUGAGUCUGACCAACAUAAUCUAAUCAUUUGAAAUUGUAGAUUAUGAUUGGGAUUCUCUUUCUCCUGUUUGAGUUUUACGACGACCAGCUGUUGGCUUUCAUGGUUCUAGUUCUUGUCUGGCUAUGCGAAUUAUUCACUCUGAUAAGGUUUGGUCUUUCUCUUACGCCUCAGUCACCCAUAUAUAUGAACUAUCGAGGUCUCUUACUCGUGAUAUUCUCACAAUCUAUCUUCCAAAUGUUGCAGUGUUAGGACACCAAUAUCGAUGAAGUUCUUCCCACGUUUCUUUUUGCUGUACUUCUUCGUGGUCCAUAUUUAUUUCUUCUCGUAUGCAUAUGGUAAGGACUGAGUUUAUACAUUAUAUUUGUCUGAUUACUACUGUAUAUAUUUCUCAGAGUCGUCACAGUGUAUUUGUCCCUUACUGCGUUACUCUCAACAGGCUUUUCUUAUCUUGCCCUUAUGACAACCGCUGCAUUCAUGCAACACUUGAUUCUAUACUUCUGGAAGCGUUUUGAGGUAAACGUUUGAUUCCAGAAAGCUUCAAUCGAAAUGAUUUUUUAUCUAAAUAAAACACAAAAGUGGCUGGUACUGGCUCUUCAGAGAUUCCUUCAAAGCCGACAGUCACACUUUCACCAACACUGUAGGGGAUGGAUUUAAUCAUCCCACAAGGCCCAAGGAAUAAAAGGCCUGGCCCGGACCAGAGAAAAUGAUGGCUUGGGUAGUCGGCUUAAAGGGUCAAUCUCUCGGCUCGCUUCUACAGUAUCUCGAGUCGAGUGACGUCGACUAAGAGGCACCCAGCUCGGCGACCGCUCGGAUGAAUGCGGGCCUCUCGGCCCAAUAAGGAAGGCCCACGAAGACGACCUAAGUUAGGUCAAGAACGACACAUCAGAGGACUAUAUAAGGAGAAGGAAGAGGAACGAGAAAGGGAUCCGAAAUCAUCUGACUAACACUUGGCGGCUAGAUUAGGGUUUUCACCUUUACUUCAUCUUGCCGUUAUUUGUACUUUUCCGGUAGCUCUCCGAGUUACCGGCCUCUUCUCUGUCGCACUUUCUUAUCUCUCUUGUAACCGACUAAUCGUCUCUUCCGACCAUAAUAAAACGUCUUUGUUAAACCCACAUCUUCUUUAUCACCGUUUUCCGAUCAAACAGUUGGCGCCCACCGUGGGGCCUUUUUAGCAAAGUAACGUUAGUACUAUGGUUGUCAGCAACGACAGUUCUUCGUCAGGCGAGGAGCGCGAAGCUCUCGAGGUGAUGCCGGCUCCCGAGGUAACACCUACGCCUACACCAGUAACUCCGCUACCCCCUCCUGCGUCUAUGGAAACCAUCUUGGCACGCCUCGCCCUGCAAGAAGCGGCGCAGAAGGCGGCGGUCGACCAAAUCACAGCGAUAGCAAAAAUACUCGCCCCUAUCGCUGCAAACGCCGAAGCUUCAACGGCGCAGUACCGUCGACACCUGUUCGCCACUGAACGAACCACCAACGUAGCACCUGCGGGGGACAACAACAACCAGAGCGCCGGUAACAACAACCAGAGCGCCGGUAACUACAACCAGAGCGCCGGUAACGACAUCAACGCAGACACCGCAAGCGAGCUAGCCGCGUUGAAACAGUCGGUCCUCGACAUCAACUCAAAGAUCCACCAGGUGACGACCUCGGCGCCCCAAAUCGAGCACGUACUCGCGGAAUCUCUUCGCACACCCUUCACACAAAGGGUCACCGGCGUACGGCUCCAGAAGAUGGAGAAACUUCGUCUUCCAACCUUCAAGGGUCUCUCCGACCCUUCUACUCAUGUCACGUCCUUCAACAUAGCGAUGCGACACGCAAAUCUGACCGACGAAGACAAAGACGCCGGCUUUUGCCAACUCUUUGUCGAAACCCUAGAAGGACCGGCCCUUACUUGGUUCACAGGCCUCAGAGAAAACUCCGUCGAUUGUUUCCACGACCUCUCGACGGCCUUCCUGAAGAAUUAUAUCAUGUUCACCAACCAAGAAACGACCGUGUCCGACUUGUGGAACCUCACUCAUACCAGCGGCCAAAGCCUCCGCGACUUCAUGGAGAAGUUCAAGGCUAUCGUCUCGAAAGUUGAUAUUCCUGAUCCUAUCACUGUCGAGUCUCUGAUGAACACUUUGCACGUUGACUCCACGUUCCGUCAGGAUCUUUACCGAUACCCGACGAAAUCUGUGUCUGACGCCAUCGCUCGCUCGAACAACUUCAUCCGCAUGGAAGAAGACACAAGAGCAAAGUUUGCAAAAGAAGCAGCAGCGAAAUAGCGACCCGCCCGAACAAACAACACCCGCCCUGAGCCCCGCCAGCACUCAUCCGGUGGGAACACCACUCAGAAGCGAGGCUACGUUAGCUCGGUCGGCGACGAGGAAUCGCCAAAAACAGCAGCCGUCACGCGAGAGAAAGCCUGGAACCACUGGGAUCGAGACUCCGCCUCGAAGCAAUCAAAGUCGUCCGAACCAGCGAGUUCAAACUCCGAGGAGCCAAAGAAAUGGUGCCUCUACCACAAAAGGGAUUCCCAUGAUACGAAAGAGUGCAAAGUCCUCAUCGGGCAAUUUUUCGACGGGAUCACUAACGGGACAAUUCAAAUGCCCACCUCUCCAACGACCCCAAAAAACACCAAAAGUUGGAGUAAGAACAAGGAGAAGAAGGCACAGAAGUCUCAACAGAACACGGCCCCUAGCGAGGAAAGAGCGAGCCCUGAGCGCACUGCUGUCAACAACGUCGGCCCCGCCAACGAUUCAUCAGAAGACGAACAUCCGCGUCGCCGGUGACGAGUGGAAGUCAUACUCUCUCGCCCUUGUGACUCCUCUGACGACGACUCCUCGACAAUGCAACCAGAUUUACGCGACAAACUGAACAGCAAAGUCGAGCAAUCUCUCACUUCCCCGACAACAGACAAAGAUCUGCGCACCCUAUUGAAGCGAAAGAGCGCUACGAACGAACACGUAGGAAGCGCCGACCUCCGCGCGACCAUCUCAAAAUCCAGCGCCAGGAGAAUAGGUCAAAACGGCGACCUUCGCGACCAGCUCAAUUCAAAGGCCGAUGGCCUGCGAAUCCAACUCAACCGUUCAAAAGGGUCCGAUCUGCGACGACGUCUCGAAUCAAAAAAGAAAAAGCCCGCAGAAACUCUUCAAUUCGAGAACACAACCGAUGAUUUAAGGAAGCAACUCGAAUCAAUGUGAGCUACCCGCAAUCCGCACAUUAGCGUAAUCAUGGGAGGAUCACCUCCUUGCGGCGACUCAGUUCGAGCUGUCAAAGACUACAAACGACAAGCCACCACCUCCAAGAAGUGGCCGCCUCCAGUCGAAAAUGAUCACCAGAUCACUUUUUCGGCACUAGAUACCAGGGGCGUCCACACACCACACAACGAUCCUCUCCUCGUCGACCUUGACAUCGGAGAAUGCCUAGUCGCAAAAGUCCUUAUCGACACCGGCAGCUCAGUCGAUCUCAUCUUUCGCGACACACUCGACAAAAUGGGAGUCGAUUUGAGAGAUAAGAAGCCUUCCUCUCGCACGCUCACUGGCUUCAACGGGGCCUCAGAGCAAAUGAUCGGAACAAUUCGUCUUCCAGUAUACGCAGGUGGUAAAACACAGACGAUUCGGGGAGAUCAACAAGCCACGAGAGAACUGCUGAUUGCAACUGUAAAGAUGCAGCAACAGGCUUCCCUCGUCAACUCCGUCAGUAAACCACUCAACAAGAUAUACCCCCAGAAGGAGGAAGUUCGCGAAGUCGCAAUCGAUGAAUCCGACCCAACGAAAAUCAUCCGAGUUGGCGUCUACCUGUCCGACGACAUAUGUUCAAAGAUCAUCUCUUUCAUCAAAGACAACGCUUCAACGUUCGCCUGGAAGACCUCCGACAUGAAGGGAUGUCAGGAUGGGAUAACAAGGGUGCUUGAGUAUGCAAUCCUAUGAUCAUGUUCUAGUUAGCAAGGCUAAAACAAGCAAUGAAUACAAAUCUAUCAUGAAUAUCACAACAAGGCAGAUCUAUAGUUUGGGGCUAAUCCCACAAACCUAUCUGAACCCUGGAUCUAAUAAAUGAACUACUCAGACAUAGCAAAGCAAUUCAUGACAAUGAAAAAAU